AUGGUAAAUAAUAAUCAAGUUGGUACUACCCAUAAUGGAGGCACUGCAAAUAAUGGUACCUUAGUAUCAGAGUCCCAAACACAAAAAAGAACAUUAAAAGAAAAACAGCAAUCUGUUGGUGAAAGAAGAGAGUUAAGAAAAGAGUAUAGAACUUUAAUUCAAGAUGUUCAAGCAUCAAAGAAUGAUUUAAUUUCUCCAUCAUCGGAUGGUUUAUUAAAAACAAUUAAAAAGACAGAUCAACUUUAUAAAAAUGUACACCAAGCAAGAGAAGCAGUAUUAGAUUCAGAAUUGCUUUCAUUGACGUCACAAUAUGGUUUAGAACAGGCACAGAAAUUUAAAGUUACAUUAAAUUCAUUUGAUAGCAUUGGAUUUUUAACACGUAUUAGAGAUAGAUUGGCCAAACUUAGUAAAGAUAAUGACGAGGAUGAAAAUGAAAAUGAAGAUGAAGAUGCAAAUCCUCAUGAUAUCUCAACAAAAGGAUGGGAUGAAUUUUCAAAAUAUUUCGCUUCACAUUAUAGCACAUUACCAGUAUUCGACUUUAUGUAUGGUCCUAUAAAUUUAGAACCACCCACCGAAAAAAAGAAAGCAGAAAGAAAGAAAAACCAGAAAGAUGAUCAACCAGUAGGUCAAGUUAUACGUGCAGAAAAUGUAACUGAUACAUCUCAAGUAGAAACAGAAACAACCAGUAGCAGAGUACAGUGUAUGAAGAAAUAUUUAGAAAAAAAAAAAAGUGGAAUCGAUUUUGUUGAUCUUGUAACAGAUAAACAUUUUUCUCAAACUGUUGAAAAUAUUUUUUAUUUUUCAUUUUUACUAAAAGAUGGUCAUGUUAGAAUAAAAAAAGAAAAUGAUUUAUCAAUCGAACUCACACAGCCACCCGAAGAAAAGGAUUAUCAAAGCAGAGACGCCAUUCCAUCGCAUGCUGUCGUUAAAUUAGAUUAUAAAACUUGGGAGCAAUUUAAGGGACACUCUUCACAAGAGUUUAAUAUGGAGCACGAAUUAAAUGAAUUUAAAAAAUCACAAGCCCAACACUCUCAAGCUCAACAAAGACCAACCAAAAAGAGUAAACAUUAA